UUGCCAGAUGACUCGGUGCCCGCUGUCUUGCCAGAUGACUCGGAGCCCGCUGUCUUGCCAGAUGACUUGGUGCCCACUGUCGAGCUUGGUGACUCGGAGCCCGCUGUCGUGCCGGUUGACUUGGAGGCCGCUGUCGUGCCUGGUGACUCGGUGCCCGCUGUCGUGCUUGGUGACUCGGUGCCCACCGUCGUGCUUGAUUCCUCGGUGCCCGCUGCUCCGCCUGGUGGCCCAGUGCCCGCUGCUCCGCCUGAUGGCCCGGUGCCCGCUGUUCUGCCUGAUGGCCCGGUGCCCGCUGCCCCGUCUG